CUCUAACGUUGCUGUCAAACGGAGCCAUAAUAUAUACACAUGGCAGUAAUUUAAUGGAAGGGUACCCUCUCUCAUUUGCUUGGGCAUGCGAGAAACACCCGUUCUAUUUACUCACCUCUCUCAUUUCUCGUUUUUAUUUCCACUUUCAAUUACACCAGCCCCGGUCGUCGUCUUCCUUCUCCGCCGAUGUCGUCUCUUUCCUUCACCGCCACCGUCUUCAUCCUCUGUCGCCUCAGAAGCCAUUUGUGCGGAUGUCGUCUUUGUCGUGGUCAUCAUUCUUCGCUUAGGGCUUAUACCUCCCUUCUCAGAUCGGAUUCUCCUUCCAUCAGAUUUGUGUCCAUAAGAUUUGUGUACCUCGAUCAAUUGAGAGACGAAGGCCAAGCAACCAGAGAUAUAACCCAUUUGGGGGCUGCGAUCUAUUGCUUUCUCUCCUCCAUCAUUGUUUUGUCCAUUCCUUGUUAUUUGGCUGUUGUAUUGCUCUUUUGCUUCUUGCUCUAAUCAAUUGGUGCUGCUGGUCUAUUUAGUGUAUUUGGGUAAGAUACUUAGAGUUUUUUUUUUUCUUUUGAAAAUUUAUUUAAAGCAGUUGGAACUUUGAAAAGCACCCUUUUGCAGAGACUAAAAUUGUGAUGCAGGAGGUUAUGACAUGGAGGAAAAAGAUACAAGGGCAUAUGAAAUAAGGCAACUGCCUGCAACAUAAUGGUCUGCGACCUCUUCUAAGAAAAAGCGCCAAAAACGAGUAGCUCUAUGAGUGGGAAGACUCUAUUAAAUGGUUGUACUCUGAAACGUGCCAUGGUCGUUCAGAUUAACUAGAAGAUGAUGAAAUUCGCCAUGAUUAAAGAUUUGUACUCUGAAUCUGUUCGACUAAGGCAAGGCCAGUAUUUCCUUUCUCACAUGUACCAUGUGCAUCUUUAUUUUUAUUUGGAGAAAAAUAAGAAGUGAUAUCUGUUUUGCUUUUGUGAUGCAUACAUCUUUUAAAGAGCAUGUUUAAUGUCAACCAGAGGCCAAAAACGAGUAGCUCUAUGAGUGGGAAGACUCUAUUAAAUGGUUGUACUCUGAAACGUGCCAUGGUCGUUCAGAUUAACUAGAAGAUGAUGAAAUUCGCCAUGAUUAAAGAUUUGUACUCUGAAUCUGUUCGACUAAGGCAAGGCCAGUAUUUCCUUUCUCACAUGUACCAUGUGCAUCUUUAUUUUUAUUUGGAGAAAAAU